AUGACUCCGAAUACUCCUGGGGAUGUCUUGCCUCCUUCGUGUGUUGAUACGGCGCGUUGGUGGAAGCACCGCAACCUUCGUGCUCUCAAUUUGCUCAUGUUGAUUCCGCUGUUGUCGAUUUUCUCGCAAGGCUUUGACGGCAGUAUGAUGAACGGUCUCCAAUCCGUGUCACAUUGGCAGACUUACUUUGGAUCACCCACCGGCGGUUUGCUUGGCUUCUUCAACGGUUCCUAUCCCCUUGGCGGCAUCGUUGGCACCUUCUUGAUCUCGCCCAUGGCGGAUACUUUUGGACGACGCAUUGGUAUUGCCACGGGAGCUGCUCUAUGUUGUGUCGGUGCUGUCUUGCAAGGCUCUGCCAUCAAUAUCGCCAUGUUUAUCGUUUCGCGCGUUAUCAUUGGGGCUGGCAGUGUUAUCGUCGCUGGUGUGGGUGCACCUUAUAUUACCGAGAUCGCUCAUCCGGCUCAGCGUAGUACUGCCACUGCUCUGUUUCUCACUUUCUAUUCGGUGGGUUCUGUUGUUGCCGGUUGGUGCACCUUCGGUACCUUUCGUAUCGAUAGCACGGCUUCCUGGCGUAUCCCAUCGGCGCUGCAAGCACUUCCGUCUGUCAUCCAACUACUUGCUAUCUGGUGGGUUCCUGAAUCGCCCCGUUGGCUGGUUAGCAAAGGCCGGAACGAAGAGGCACUCGCCAUGCUUGCCAAGUAUCACGGUGAAGGCGACGUCUCCGACCAGCUCGUUCAGUUUGAGUACGCCGAGAUUCUAGAGACGUUGCGGGCCGAAGCAACACACGAGAACAACAUAGUUGCCUUUUUACGCGACUUAGGCAGUACCCCCGGCAACCGCAAACGCAUGUUCAUAUUGAUAUGGGCGGCCAUUUGCUCGCAAAUGUCUGGAAAUGCAUUUGUCUCCUACUAUCUCUCGCCCAUCUUGAGAUCCGUGGGCUUGAAAACCGAUCUUCAACAAACCCUCAUCAACGCAACCAGCCAGAUGCUUUCUUGGUUCAGCGCUGUUUAUUUCGCCACAUUGCCAGCCAAGCUCGGUCGCCGCAAACUCUUCUUGUGGUCUCUCAUAGCGAUUUGGGUCGUCGUUAUCUCCAUCACUGCGUGUAGCGCCACCUUUGCCAAUGAUCCCACCAACAAGGCCGCUGCCUAUGCUGUGGUCGCGCUUCUAUACCUCUUCUCUCCCGCCUACAAUCUCGGCAUCACCGGCAACCUUGGUCUUUACAUCACUGAAAUCCUACCUUAUCGUCUACGUGCAAAAGGAUUGUCAUUCUAUUAUUUUGUUCAGUUUUGUUUCAUGAUGCUCUCUACCUUCACCGUGCCUAUUGGUCUGGAAAAUAUCGCGUGGCGGUUUUAUAUUAUCUUUGUCAUUUGGGUUAUGGUCGAGUUUGUCGGAGUUUAUUUCAUGUUCCCAGAGACAAAGGGACCAUCCUUGGAAGAGAUCGCUUUUAUCUUUGAUGGGCCAGGCGCUUGUGUUGGAGACACAACUGACAUGAUGGAUGAGAAGAAGCCCGCUGUUGUACAUGAUGACCGUCGCCAAUCUGCCGACGUUUGA